CGGUAGGGGGAGUGGGGCUGGAGGAAGGGAGGGAACAGAUGCGGCCUCCGAGCGGAGACCGCCUGCAUGGGAGCCCUCUGACAGAUGCGGGGCUGGCCUUGCUGAAUCCAGCUCUGGCCCUCCACCCUGCCCUCGUGGCUCUGGACCUGGGGGACUGCAUGCUGGGUGAUGAAGCCAUCAACCUCAUCUGUGGCCUUCUCCCCCCUGAUGGGGCCAAGUCUGGCUUGAAGGAGCUGACGCUGAGCGCCAACCCUGGCAUCACCCCUAAGGGCUGGAGCCGCCUCGCCAUUGCCGUGGCCCACAGCUCCCAGGUCCGCGUCCUCAAUCUGGACUACAACCCCCUGGGCGACCAUGUGGCAGCGAUGCUGGCUGUAGCUGUGGCCUCCAGCCGCACCUUAGAGGUCCUAGACUUGGAGGGUACAGGGCUCACCAACCAGUCAGCUCAGACCCUGCUGGACAUGGUGGAAAAUUACCCCACAGCUUUGCGGAGUCUGGUGUUGGCUGAGAACAGCAUUAGCCCGGAGCUGCAGCAGCAGAUCUGUGACCUCCUCUCUGAGGGGGAAGAGGAGGAGGAGGUGGCAGGAGGGGCUGGCGACACCCAGGAACGAGAGAGAGGGCGGGAGCCUGCUGCCCACCAGAGGGGCAGUAGCUCCUGGAUGUGCCCCAGUGAUCCCAGCUCUCAGAUGGUGCUAAUGACGUCAGGACUAGGGGACAGUCUGUUGGCUGAGACGGAGAUGUGACUCUCCAUUCAGGCUUCUGCGCAUCAUUACAUUUGCAUCUCCAGCACUUUGCCCCAGAUGUCAGGGUCAGGCCCUGGGGCUUAGGAGGGUGGGGGGUUGGUGUGCCUGGGGCUCUGGCAGCUCCUGGCAGCAUGGUGGGAGGCUCUGGAAGCUGUGACUAAACAAAAUCGUUGGGGGCACUGGAACCCAAGGCAAUGCCUCUGGACUUGUUGGCAGCUCUGGCUGCAGCCCGCUGGCUCGGAAGAGAUUUUAUGAACACGACAA